GGACAGAAGCCUCACAAACUUUGCCACUGCAGGUGCUGAAAAGAACAGCAGGCUCAGCCAAUCAGCUUCCAGAGAGACAAAGAGACAACCCCAUCAGCUAAGCUACCAGACAUGGCUCCGGGGGGCGACACCAAGCUUUUCUUCUGCAUCCUCUUCAUCACCUGCUGCUGCUGCACAGUGACAUUCGCGCAGAUACCCAUGGACUGCUGCUUGAGUGUCAACCCCAAAGCAAUUGAUAACAGAAUAGUGGUAGACUACCGUCAACAGAUCAGCGGACAUGGCUGCUCUAUUAAUGCCAUGAUUUUGGUGACCAGAGCAGGCAGGAAGCUGUGUGUGCCUGUUGACGAACCGUGGGUCCAACGGGUGGUGAAGCAUGUGAAAGUCCUGAGGAAAUUCUGCAAGAAACAACAAUAUAAGAGAACCGUCUGCACUGGAGUGAAGAGGGUGUAAACUGAGAACAACCCCUUCAGCAAUCAUCAAGAGGAGGGAAAGGGGUGGAUCACACAAAUAACUGAGUGUUUCCUCUAUUUAAAAAUUGAAUUUUAUAUAUUCAGGUCUAUGUGGCAAAAAAACUAAAUAUUUUUGACUUUUUUCAAAUAUGUUUUUAUAGUACUACUGUUUUAGAAGAAUUAUUGAAGUUAUACAAGUUUAAAAUGUGAAAGUUUGUAAAAGUGUGUGUCUCACUGAGCUAACUCUGAAGAACUAAUAAGGCAGCACAUGUUUAUUUGUUUGUUUGUUUGUUUGUUCGAUUGAUCUCUUUGAUUGUUGACGCUUUUCAAAAUAAAGCCUAUUUUUUUUCUAAAUCAUGA